AAUUAUUAUAAGUAGAAACCAUUAAUAGUACUAUAAUUAUAUAUUGAUUCUAAUAUAUUCCUAACAGAAGGGGAGUUUUACGAUACCCAGAGUGAAAUUCGGGGUACCGCCUACCUUGAGUAAGAAAACGCUAUCCAGAACUUGAAUUGACUAAUCUUUCGGACAUGAUACUAUACUUUAACCCUUAAAGAUCAAAAUCUAGGUCUUGAUUCUCUAAAUCUUAUACCCCAAGAUCAAUUUAAUUAGAAACAAUAAUCGACGGUUAUGAUUCGUCCAAAUAUAGGCAAAAACAUGCGACUUUGAAGGAGAAGCUUACCCAUGCACCCAUCAUGAUGGCUCCAGAUUGGUCUCUACCUUUUGAGCUAAUGUGUGAUGCGAGUGAAUAUGCGGUUGGAUCUGUUCUUGGUCACCGACGCGAUAAGCAUUUGCAGCCUAUCUACUACGCGUCGAAGACCUUGAACGAUGCUCAGGAGAACUACACCACCACCGAAAAGGAGCUGCUAGCCGUGGUGUAUGCCUUCGACAAGUUCUGACCUUAUUUGGUGCUUUCUCAUGUCGUGGUAUAUACCGACCACUCGACCAUCCGCUACUUGAUGACAAAGGUUGACGCCAAGCCGAGACUCAUCCACUAGAUUCUACUUCUACAGGAGUUCGAUAUAGAGAUCUGUGAUAAGAAGGGAGCAGAAAAUGUUGCAGUAGAUCACCUUUCACGGUUGGAAGCCUUUCAGGUGGACAACUUCGUGGAGGAGAUCAACGACUCCUUCCUGGACGAACGACUUCUGGCAUUAUGCUUGGUGGAGAUUGGAGAGUGUCACUUCUUGGUUUUCUGGUCUUGCCAAUUAUCUGGUGGGCAAGCAGUUACCCAAGGGGAUGACUACUCACGCUAAGUGAUAACGAUGUAAUUGCACAUGUUUGCGCCCCUAGUUCUUAUCCGUUUGAGGGGCAUAGUCGUGUACUUUUGGCCUAUUUUACGUCGGGUUGUGCUAUUUUGUCAUGUUUCAGGUCCCAGGUGUCAAAGGGAAGGCUAAGCACGAGUUUCGGGGCAUUCGGAAGUCAUUUCGAUGAGCUGGAGCCAAAACACGGGCAGCCUAAGGCAUUACACGGCCGUGUACUGCUGGCCGUGCUUUUUAUGCCGAGAGCAAAUUCAGUUUGGCCAAUUCAGCUACAAACACGGGCACCGAAGCACGGCUGUGUUCAGUCAAAGCACGGCCGUGUACAUUGCGAAGCACGGCCGUGUUUAACCCACUUGCUGGCCGUGUAAUUAAGCCCUGGCCGAGGCACGGGCGGAUUCAGGCAAAGCACGGCCGUGCCGUCGACCGUGCUUUGGCCACUGAUGCUUUUAAGCCGAUUUUCAGCCAAAGGAGAAGAGGAGAGUUGGGUUUUGGAUCCCAAACACCCAAGGGACGAACCAAAGAGAGAGAGGGCGAUUUGAGGACAUUCUUGGAGUGGAAUUGGAGGAUUUCUUUGCCUUGGAAGCUCGAGGAACAAGCCCGGACUUGAAGACUGAUCAUCUGAAGAUUCUUACUGCAGUCUCUCUCUUCUCUAUGGAGUAACUUCCCUUCACUUAGGUUUUGAGGAACCCUAGCUAUGUUUGUUUGAUUGGAUGAUUGUAUGAGUACUCUGACUUGAUAAUCUUGAGUUCAUAUUCAAUCUAUGCAUGUUUUCAUGAUUCAAUUCUGCUUUAGUCGAGAUUAUUGAUUCUGCUUUGAUUCUAUGAGAGGGAAUACCUGAUUAGGUCAAUAGAGCACCAUAGAUUGA